UUUUUUAACCUUCCAAUGUCUUUUCCCACUCCAACGUUUUCACAUUUUAGUCAAGUUGAUUACCAGCAUGUCUACGAGCCUGCAGAAGACUCAUUUCUCAUGAUGGAUGCAUUGGAAAAAGACGCAGAUUUCUUGAGAGCACAAAGGCCACUUUUAUGUGUGGAGGUCGGCAGUGGCUCCGGUGCGCUGAUAACCUUCUUGGCUUCCAUUCUUGGACCCCUCACCCACUACAUAGCUACAGACAUAAACCCCAAAGCAGCUCAAUGCACGUCAAAGACAGCAAAACAGAAUGGAGUGAAUGUUUGUUGUGUUGUAACAGACUUGGUAAGUUCUGAUAUAUGUAUCUUCUGUUUUUGUAUCAAUUCGUGCCAGGUAAUGGAUCGUCUUUUCCCAUUUGUAUCCACGCUUCUGUCCAACACAGGAUGUUUUUAUCUCGUAUCUGUGGCAGAAAACAAACCAGACGACAUUAUAUGUAUGUUGGAGUCCCAAGGGUUAGGCAGUGAACUUUUAUUGAAAAGAAAAGCUGGAAGAGAGAGACUCUCUGUUCUAAAAUUUACUAAAGACUUAAAGAAGAACAGCCAAGUUAGAUGACAAGUGGAAUUAUUAAGGCCAUGGUGUGCCGUCGUUAUUCGCUCGGACAGUUUUCGACUUGAAUCUUCGAAUCACUCGAAACCUGACAUCUUUCGGACAAUUAGUUGUGACAGAUUGUUGUGACAUUAUUGAGGUUGUGGUUGCUCAGCGACGACACUGACCGUUCUUGGUGGAAAAAACGCAGGCGCAGUUUCUGUGGUAUUACCUUUGUAAAUCAUAUCAAUUUGUUUUUGCGUAGUUUUCUGUCGUUGCGGUUAAUAAAAGAUUUAAAAGGAGUUUUUGAAGUCUCUCAUUGCUUAUGGCAAGCAGCCGAACGUUUUUCCUUUCUGCGGACAAAGGUAACAUCAGAUUUUUGAAAUAAUGACUGAAAAAACUGGAAAAUUUUAACGCCCUCUGAAUUACGUCAAAAAAGACCGUCUAUACCAGGAAAUUGCUCAGUUUUGUUUACCUUUCUGUUCGCGUUAUCACGGACGGUUUAUCUUAUUGAACUGCACGUGGUCGCCAAGUGUUGCAGGUAAACGUGAUUGAAGUACAAAUUACUAACGAAAGGCCAAGGUGGUUGUGUGGCGCCCUGCAGAACAGACGUCAUUUAAUUCAGUCAAACAGAGGCCGGCGUGAGGUGAGCGCGAAGUGCAAGACGUACGAAGGGAGGAGCGGAAAGAAAAAAAAAAGCCUGUACGCACACCAUUGUUCAAGGUGUUCCAGAAAAGCUGUUUUUGUAGCAUUUAUUCCGGUUCAAAAGCAAACACUCACCGUUUUUGCAUUCAUUUUUGAAUGCGUUUCAGAGAUCAACGAAAGAGGUGAGUGAAUCAAGAAAACACUGUAAUUUUGAUAUCAGAUAGCAGAAAAGAAGCUCCAAAAAAUUCAGACUUCGACGCUGGGCGCUACUACGAACUGGCAAAUUCUACACGGUUCCCUUUCUCUAAAUAGUAACUUCAUAAUUCGAUUCAUGGAAGGUUUUUCUGUAAGUUUAUGUAAGUAAUGUCGAAUUGACGGCCAGGCUAAUUCAAGACUUUACCAUGUUAAAUUUGUUGAAAUAUUAAUGUCCUCCAUUUAUUUAGUGCUUAGUUUUGUUUACUUUUCGCCUGAGGUAAACGUUUCUUUUUUAAGGAGAUGGUGCUCGUUUGAUUUACAUAAAUAUUGCGCAGUACUAAUUUCAUCAUUCAUUGUUUGUCGUUUUUGCUCAGUUGGGCUUUGCGACCGAAAACAUUACUUUCUGCGUUUUAUGUUUUAAUCUAUGCGGUUGGUUAACCAUAGUUGAAAUGUUUACAGGUCUUAUGGCGUUACGAGCCACUUUGCAAGUAACUGGAUUCUGAAACUAGAUGCAAAAAUUAUCUAUGCUUCAACAGUCUCUUUGAACUUCAACUCGCUGUUUUAUAAUUGUCGCAGACUAAUUCAAGGAAACGAGCCGGCCUACCGGAAGCGGGACUGGAUAACAUGGACAACGACUUCCGGUCAACUGUGUGCAUUCCAGGCGCAGUAUUGGUGAUGUUAUUUUCUCUUCUGGCAGUGGUAUUGAAUAGUUGUCUAUUGGUUGUGUUGUACAAAGACCCCACUAACUCAGUCAGGUCAACGAAUUCACUUUUGGUCACAAGCCUUGCUAUUCUGCAUCUGCUGUUUGGAAUCGUAGGCGGUACAGCGGCAGCAGAAAGCCACAUAGCAUGCGCACGGGACAUCGAAGGUACCGCUUACUUUGACAGUGUUUUUUCAAGAAUAUCCUUGACAUUGUUAAUACGCACUGAAAACUAUCUCAUGCUUGCAUUUUCGGUGGAGCGAUUGGGAAACACUUCUCGUCCAAUUUUCCAUCCUCGUGCAGAUAAAGUGAAAAGUACUUUGAUAUGUUUGACAUGCAUUGUUGUCUACUCUUUGGGUUUUUCAAUUUUCGAGAUAGCUGCCACUCCACGGUGGAUACAAGCGUUAGACAUCCAUCUCAACGUGGUGUCUCCUCUCGCAGCCACAAUUACACUAACGGCACUGCUUUACAAAGCGUUGAGGAAACUCAAUGGCCUCUACACAGAACAAGACCCCUGUGAUAGUUCCACGAGAAAAAAACCAAGUUGUAGAAGACUCAAAAAACAAAUAGCACUGUCAAGCCCAUUUAUAAUUGUGGUACUCCUUUUUGUCAUUUCUCUAUUGCCAUAUUGCAGUUUGGCACUGUACGAGGUUUACUGCUCGAAUUGUACUAAACUUGGCUGGUUCUUCGCAGUGUUUCGGAUGUGCGUCGCAUUCACCUUUCUUAGUGCCGCAUUGACGCCAGUCAUAUACUAUAUAUGUGUUCCUGAGUUUCAAACAGGAUUCAAAAUGGUGUUCUGUGGAAUGUUCGGGGAGCAAUCAUUUAGGAUGAAACCUUUCAGUCAUAGUGUAAAUCCGUCCAGGAAAGUAACAGUGAUAUAUCUGUGAGCUGCACAGGUCGCAAAAAUGAGCCUCGUGAAAGGAAAAUAAUUUGUAAUAAGAUUCAGCACCUUUUUUGUAAUUAAUGUUUGCUGCGCACGUCGUUUGAGUGCCUAAUCAUAACAACUAAUAAUAUCAAAGGAAUUAUCUUAAGAAGCCAAUGAGAAUAAAGUACACACAAACAAACUUCCUACAAAGCGGGAAAACCUUGAUUAAUUUUUAGUUUUCGCAUCUGGUUGGUUGAAAGUAUGGCGCAAGUUUUCUUGACCAAUCAUAGAGCACGACUGACCAAAACAAACUAAGUCCCGGAUUACUUUAUGAACAAUAUUAGCGAAGCAAACAAAUUCCAAAAGAAAGAACUCGUGGAAGUAAACAACACACUUCAAGAGACAAGACGCGCUCAAGACAUAAAUGAAAUCUUUAUUGACUCUAAAACAUGAACAAUUAGAACUUCUGCAUCUAAUUGAAAACAAUUAAAGUAGUAACAUUCUCAUUUUCCCGCUUUUAAUACUAAUAACCCAUUAUUUGCUUCUGUAGCUGUUUUAUAUCUUCUUUCUUGCAAUUAAGCAGCGACCU